AUGCAUCUCACAUUUGUUCUCGCGGUUGUUGUCCCAGCCGCAUUGGGCCAUUAUUUGACGAUCUACAGUAACAUCGGUUGUCGAAAAGGUAGUCAGAUAACCACACAGGACUUUGGUCACGAGCGACCCGGCUGGACUUCCGGUUGCAAGUCCAUCAGUCCAAGUGGUCGGUCAAUCGACAUGCACUUCGACAACCGAGGUACGGACUGCACGGCAAAAAUCUAUGACGACAAUGCAUGCCAGCACGAACUGAUUGGAAUGUCUGGGUGGGUUGACCCACACACCUACGGCUGCCUUGCUCAUGAUGAUUGGGGCAAGGGGUAUGUCAAUUCAUUCAGAGUUGAUUGUUAA